AUGCAGGCCCGUUUGCUUGCCCGCUCAACAGGUGAGCUGAGCCCGGAUGGCUUUGCGCGAGCCACCACGUCGGGGCUCGUCCGAUCCUUUGCCGCUGCUCCGCAGCACCGGUUCGACGGAGAGGGCGCCGAACCCGAAGAAGCGGGUCGCCAUGUCAAUUUUUGGGCUCACCGCAUUGGCGUCAAUGCACUGGCCUUGGACAAGUUUGACGGCCGUCUACUUCUUUCCGGUGGUGCAGACGGCUCUGUGAAGCUCUGGGACCUUCAUCAAGAGAGUAACCCUCAUGCGUCCCACGUCUUCAAGCCCAUAGCCAAUAUUGCCCGGUCUACUGGAGACGAGGCGAACACGCACAAGCAUGGCAUCACUCAUCUUGAUUUCUACCCUUUCGACAACGAGGCCUUUCUCUCCAGUUCUUUUGACCGUUCACUCAAGCUCUGGUCUACCCAGCGGAUGACUGUGUCCGCCAACUUUGAUCUCAAUGCCAACAUCUACACUCAUGCUACUAGCCCCAUCGCCAAUCACCUCCUAGUUGCGUGCGCAACCCAGCACUCAACUGUUCGGUUGAUCGACCUCAAGUCAGGAUCGUCAAUUCGUUCGCUGGUCGCUCAUGGGGGUGCUGUUUUGUCGGCAGCCUGGAGUCCCCGUCACGAGCACGCUCUUGCCACCGGGCAUGUCGACGGUAAGGUUCGUGUUUGGGACAUAAGGCGCGCCUCUGGCUUAGUCGGCCAGCUCGACCAGGAGGACAGCCUUGGUGUCUUACACCGCUUCGACCAUGCCAUGGCUUCUGGGCUCGAUUGGGCACAUGAGCCUCACUUCCGCAGCUCAGCUCGAGCUCACAACGAGGGUGUCAACGGCUUGACCUGGACCGACGACGGCAAGUACAUUAUAUCAGCCGGCUUGGAUCGUCGAAUACGUGUUUGGGAUGCUGCUACUGGCGCAAAUACGCUAGCUAGUUUUGGUUCCAUGAUACAGAAUCGACAGCCAAAGGCCGUAAGCAUGUUCGUCACGCCCGCUCGACUGACCUCAGCACGUCGGGAUCUUCUCUUUUACCCCAACGAACAAGAGAUCCUGGUCAUGGACUUACACGAGGGCACCUUGGUAUCGCGUCUACGUGUGCCCGGACCGUCGGCAGCGACUGGGCACCAGGGCAGUGGUCUGAAUGUCAAGAAUCGCACCAUGAGUAUGGUAUGGCGUGGCAGUGGUGGGUCUGGUCUCCAAAAAGGACCUAUAAUGGGUGGCGGGAGCGCUUUUGGAGCCGUCUACACGGCUCACUUGGACGGCCAGAUACGUUGUUGGAUGCCCCGGCUGCCAGGAUCCGAGGACGAUGACGAUACCCCUGAUCCCCAGGAUGCAAAUGAGGAAGAAAGAAGCCGCAAGCGCAAAGCACUAGAUGACGCCUUUAGAAGCCUCAUGGGCAAGCAAAUCACGUUCACUUGA